AUGAGUUUGGGUGGUGAUGCAAUAGAAUCCAACAGGAAAGUUGUCGUGCGUGAUCUGCCGCCGCAUCUCACGGAAAAUGUGUUUUGGGAAGCUGUUUCUCCAUGGGUGCGCUUAAAGGCAGACCCUGUCACGAACGAGCCUAGAACAGCGAGUCGGACUGCAUUCGUUCAAGGAAAGCGGAGCGAGCAGGCGUCGGAGGUAGACACGCUUUCCGUGGCUUACAUUAACUUCAGUGACUUCAAGUAUGUGCUUGACUUUGUUCAGAAUUUUCAAGGUCACAUAUUUCGCGACAGCAAAGGUCAAAACUACCAUGCUUUUGUGGACAAUGCGCUCUUUCAAAGCUACAUGCGCUGGGCUCCAGACAAAUAUGGUGAAUCUACCGGUACUAUUCAGCAAACGCAGGAGUACAAAGAUUUCGUUGCCUUUCUGGAAGCCCCAUCAACCCUGGCGCCGGCGCCAGCACCAGGCUUGUCUGCUUCUGAAACUGACUCGGACAAAGCUAGUAUAACGACUCCUCUCGUUGAAUUCGUGCGCAAGCAAAAACAGGGAGCGCAGGAAACGAAGAAAUCAUCGCCAGCCAAAACCGAAAAUAGCAAAGGGCAGCAAGACGCAUCUACGUCUAAGCACAAAGACAAGAACACAAGUACCAAGGCGAACAAAGCGUUAUCGAGGGAUGAGAUUCUCGCCAAUGUGAGUGGUGUGCCACUCUCAAAAAUCGAAGGCAUGAAGACUAAGGCCAAGAAAGAACUCUACAAAAAAUCAACUGCGUCAGCGCGCACUAACCAAACCGAUAAGGCUCCUGGCUCACAAGCCUCAUCCAAAGCCUCUUCAAAGUCUGAAUCUAAGGCAGACUCAAAGAUAUCCAUCUCAAGCGCACCAUCAAAGCCGUCAUCAUCGUCAACGGCACCAUCAUCCUCUCAUGCACAUCAGACUCGCCACGCUGCAUCAAAUGAGAAUACGGGUAGUAAUCGCCCCAAGGCGGCAGCCAAGAAGGCGCCAUCCAAAUCUGAUACAAAGAAACCGCCCAAACCUCGCAAGGCUAAGCAUAAGAGCUCAGACUCUCAGCCACAUACACCAUCGGCGCCACCGCGCAUCACAAUUCUCAAGAAACCACCGUCGUGA